AUGGUCCGCCACAAGAAGGACAAGUUCUCCUCGCGCGGCCGCCCCCACGGACCCCCCCGAAACCGACCCCGCGGCGACAACCUCGACGGCGAAGACGACGGCUCGACCCCGGCGCGCCCGACCUUCAAAGCCGCCUGCUGGGACCUCGGCCACUGCGACCCGAAACGCUGCUCCGGCAAGCGCCUCAUCCGCCAGGGCCUCAUGCGCGACCUGCACCUCGGCCAGCGCUUCAACGGCGUCAUCAUCACGCCCAACGGCAAGCAGGUCGUCUCCCCCCGCGACAGCGAGCUGCUGCACGCCUACGGCGCCGCCGUCGUCGAGUGCAGCUGGGCCCGCACCCAGGAGGUCCAGUGGAGCAAGGUCGGCGGCAAGUGCGAGCGCCUGCUGCCCUACCUCGUCGCCGCCAACACGGUCAACUACGGCAAGCCGUGGCGUCUCAACUGCGCCGAGGCCCUGGCCGCCGCCUUUUACAUCUGCGGCAAGCCCGACUGGGCCGAGCAGGUCCUCGCGCCCUUCUCCUACGGCGCCUCCUUUCUGGAGAUCAACGGCAGUCUGCUGAAACGGUAUGCCGCCUGCGAGGACGAGCGUGCCAUGAAGCAGGUCGAGGAAGACUGGAUGGCGAGGCUGGAGAAGGAGUACGCCGACAGCCGUGAGGAGGGGGACGAUAUCUGGGCCGGCGGCAACGUCAACCGUCGGGCGCUCAUUCCUUCGGAUGACGAGGAGGAGGAGGACGACGACGAUGAUGAUGAGUCGGGUGACGGCAAGAAGAGGGCAGAUGAUGAUGACGACGACGACGACGAGAGUGUGGAUGGCAUACAUCUGGGCAACAAUGGCGCGACGAAACCUGUGAAGAAGAACAAGGCAAACCUGGAAGACGACGACGAGGACGACGACGAGGAAGAGAGGGAUCCCUACGCCUUGUCAGACGACAGCGACGAAGAUGCAGCCAUGGAGGAGAUUCGGCGCAAGGUCCUCGCCUCCAAAACAUUCGCCAAUCCCCAGGCAUCCGAAAAGAAGAAACCGGAAACGAUCGCGAGGCCGCAGCAGCUGAAACCCGAUUCAGACGUCGAGCCGGACAGCGACAAUGGCGAGGACGACGACGACUUUGACAACAUUAUCAACGCGACGCCUGUCACAGAUAGGAUAGGGCUCGCCAAGUUGGAGAAGGAACGGUCACAGGCCACUGUGACGAGUAGGACGUACUCAACAAACGUGACAUCAGCGCCGGGCAGGUGGUAG